UUCGGUCGAAGCUGCGUACGAUGGAUCAUGUCGCUGAAGUUACUUCAUAUUCUGAGGUUAUUAUUUCAAAUUUUAAUGGUUUUUGUAAUGAAUUAAAUGUAUUAUAACAAUAAAUAAAUCCAUGAACAUCACAACAGUGUUUAGGAAUCGAGAGAUAUAUUUUCACGUGCAAACGUUUGGUGUACAUCAAAGGUGUGAUAUCGCCGAAUGUGAUGUUCCAUAUCAAUGCAUUAAAUUAUCUUAUUUGCGACAAUAGUUACGCAAGAGUCUGCGCAGUCUAGGAAGCUUCGAGUUGUCGAGACAGCCUCCGUAACUCCGCUGACAUCCCGGGCAAGGAGACGUGUCCGCAAACAUCACGGAAUAAUCUCUCGUAUAUGUUAAUAAUAUAAAAUGUACCCCAUUAACGUUACAUACCACACUAUUUCUUUAUUUUUUUCGACGUGACACUCCUGCACGAAGAUAUACAGCCGUGAUUUUAUUUGUGAAAAACUAUUCUAUGUCAUUCUUUGUGGAUAGUGGAUGUGUUAUGUGAUUUUAUAUUAAAUGAUCGGUGUCGUAUCUGUCGACAGCUACAAUGAGACGGAAAACAAACAGCGAACUUGAUUAAAGUUUACAGGAAUGGUUCUAUAAAGCGAGACAAAUAUGACUAGCGUUAAAUUAAAGUUAAUGCUCUUUUUGCUGAACUCGAUGCUCUCGGCCGACUUGGUGCAUUCCAGACCAUAUUCCGACUACAACACUACUGACAUUAUAAUGAACAUCUCAAACAACAACACAUUCAACAUCCCAGUAGAUUCCAACUCGGAUACACUCAUCGUGGCUAAUGAAGAAACCGCCGAGGAGACAAAUAAGAAUUCAAACACACGAAUGGAAGCUAUCGUAAACGCCGAGCAAGAUCGAGACGAGGACUUGUCAGAGAAUAAUUAUCAGGAACAGAGCAGCGUUCUGGGGGUGUCGAAGAAUGAGGCGGAGGCUUUUGAGAAGCAGUUAAACAUAUCAAGCCCAUUGCUGGAAGAGAUGAUUGAUUCGGAGACGGACAGAGAAGAAACGCUGACAGACAUUUUGUUCAGACCCGAGUCUGAAUUCGCGGAGGCGGGACCCAGGUUCGAAUUUCUGAUCGCGGCUAAGAUUAAUAGCAGCGACACUAAUGGCACUUUAAAAGAUCUCAGCCUCAGCGAUAACAAUCUAGAUAAGAAAGACAGAAACAUCAGCGACGUCUUUAGGAAAGUGGACUAUGUGGAACUUGUAGAGGUUAUCAAGUCUGGCAGCGAAAACAGCAGCGCCUAUCACUUGGCCAACAUCACAGCACACAAUAUCGACAACGACUUAGCGCCGGACACAAUCCUUUCUAUGUUUUCAGGUUACACCGAUUUUGAGACUCUGCUCCUGGCCUGUUUCGCGACUCUGCUGCCGCUGCUCUGCAUACUGUUCUCAGUGCUUUUUAUCAGGUGUUUGUUGCGACGUUUUUGGCCGAAUGUCACGAUCACAGACACAUCCGGGUCAGAUAGCAGCGAGAAACGGGAGAAUCAUCAGCAGUUGAAGUCACCGGACGACACAGGCGAAGCGGGCACUCCACCAGCGAACGGCUCCAUCUUCACCAUGACCCUCAAAAACAACCACCUUAUCGUGGAAACUGAAGAGAGAAAUGACAUCACGAAAAACGGUCGCGAAACUAAGAUGAAGUAUUCCCCUGAUAACGAUGGUAUAUUCGUCGUUGAAGUACAACAAUCCGCUGGGUAUAGACCUAUCAAAUCACAUGUGUCGUCUCCGCACCAUGACCCUCAAAUAUCCACUAAUCAGGCAUUGAUUCAUCGCGUUCCAGAAGAACUAGACAGGAAGAUCAUAGUCGAAGAGGACAGUGAAAGAAGCAGCGAAAAGUUCGAAAAGAGAGCGCUCGCGUUAUCCAGUACGGGCCUGUCGAUAUCUGAUCUCAGUAUGUCCUCGAUCGGUUCCCAUAACGUUAGUUACUCUUAUGGCAGUCAAAUGGGAUACGAUCAGGGCCCAUUUGGAUACCCAGUGUACGCAGGAUAUGAAACCUCCAAAGAUGACCUCGGGGAUGCGAUAGUCCACGACAGCUCACAGGAACCACUCAUAGGAAAGACUCCGACGGAUCCGGACAAACCUGUCGUGACUGCAGCGAUUUUUAAACAAGACUCCAUCAUAGGAAGCGAUGCAUUACAGGGUCCGGGAUACUGCAUCGAAGGAUCCACGGAUGGACCGUUAUUGUCAGAUGUCCAGGCACGAGAAGUGAGCCUGAUGAAACUGCAUGAUCAGAAGGAAAAGAAAUUAGAAAACGGUGUUGCUGUGCCGAUGAUGGAAAACAUGGAGAAGGCAUCGUUCAGUAGAGCUGACAGUCUACCAUCCAGUGUACAAGAUGACGCAAAGAUAUCUAAAAUGGAGCCUAUUUAUGAGGAUACUCACAAGGAAGCUUGGAAAGGCAAGCGGGGUUCGUUGCCAACUAUCAAAACUAAUAUCUUAGAUUCCAUUCAGGCUGGAUCAAAGUUUGAGAAGCUCACUAAUGAGAUAUCUCCUGGAGAAUGCAGUUUUGACACUCCUCCCAUGAUAACUAUCACCGAGGAGGCUGAAGCGAAGUCUGAUUCUACCAGUUAAUUUUAUUCUCCUUUAUAUUGUAUAUAGAAUGUUAAAAUGUGAUCGAAUAAUUCGAAGGUAUUCUGUAGGAGUUGGUGUGCUGUCAGAAAUUGUCAGUCACAUUACAAGUGAAAAGUGAAGGAUUUUAUAUUUUGUUUAUUUAAUAUAACGCGUGUGGCCCUUGUGACGUCACACUUAGUAUAAAGAAAAAUUAUUACUAGUUAGCUUGCUCUAAGCUUCUGAUACAUAUUUUUGUUGGUUUGUCUGUUCGUCUAUAAAUUGUUACUAUAACGUAGAUAGUCUCAUUAUAUUAUCAAUGUGUAAUAAGUUUACAAGAAAGUAACGUAAUAUUUCCUCUUAGAAUUUUAUAUAUGUUUUUCGGUUUAUAAGAAGUCCUUUAAUAUUUUAGUUAUGCCUUUAACUGUAAGUACGUGUAAAUGAAUUUAUUUCGGCAAAUUGUCAAUGUUCCGUAUCUCAUAGGUAGGUGUAGCUCGUAUAUGAUUAAAAACAAUUAUAUUUAGACGUGGUCCACGUAGUUGGUUUAUUUUUAUUUAAUUAAAAACAUAUAUAUUUUUUUUUACUUUAGCUAACAUUUACUUGUGUUAUUUUUUUUCAUAUAAAACAAUUGCUCACUAAAUCGAUGUUAUGAAAAAACUUGGAUAUUAUUAGUCAUUAGAAAGGAAUAUUGUUUUGCUCAAUCAUAUUUUUUUAUAAUAAAUUAAAAUCAUAUUUGAAUAUUUUUAAAUAUUCGAGAUGUUUCCUUACAACAAAUUAGCAUAAUCAAACUACAUUCGAAGCGUUUUCAGUUUUUUAUCUUCUCACUUGACGGUGUUAACGUAGGUAUCCGCGUAACUGAACACGCUCCGUAUGUCGUGUGACAUGCCAGCUUACACUCGUAGUUAGUGUACAGAUGUCGACUAGAAUGGUUUCGUUGUAGAGUAAGCGUUUCUGUUUUAAUUCUACUUAGUCGUAAGGAAAUAAUGUUAAAUAUAGUAAGUCAGAGGUAAAGUAGAUAACUUGAGGUUAAUAUUAAACAAAAACACCAAGCACAGCUGAAGAGUAAUGUACCUACUAACAAUAACUACUAACAUACUCAACAGACGUAAUGAUUUUCAAACGACGCGACGCUUCUCUGUCUCCGACGAUUCUAUAUUAUUAUUUUUUGUGAACAUCGUAUCUAAAUGUAAUUACAUAGACCUCGACCGAGGGGGUUCACGUUGUUGCAGCUCUCGUUUGUGUUUCAAUAUUUAAGGAACCAAGUUUAUAUUUAUCAAUAACAGUAAAUUUGUCAUUUAACUUUGUAUUAAUUUCUAUUUAAUAACAUUUUUUUUAUUGUAUUUCUACAGAGUUUAUGAUUACUUCAAUUGUGUUGUAUUAUUAUUUCGUAGGCUAUAUUUUUUUAUUAUUAGUGCCGUCCUAAAUUUAACGAAUAUUGUGCCAAGCAAAAUUGAAUUCUAUCUCGUUGUAUUAAGUGCUAUUUAUUCUAUUGUAAAUGUGAAAUUAAGAAUAUUAGAUUAUAAUGAUGAAAUAUAUAAAAUUAUUAUUUUA